AUGGUACAUGUGGCCGUGGAAGGGUGUGGUCAUGGAGCGCUAGACGCUAUAUAUAAGAGCCUCAAGCCUGGUGUUGAGAUUCUCAUAAUAUGUGGUGAUUUCCAGGCUCUCAGAAACAUCACUGACUUGGACACAAUCAGCGUUCCUCCAAAAUACAAGCAGCUUGGUGAUUUUGCUGAUUACUAUUCUGGCAAGAAAAAGGCCCCUGUUCUUACUAUUUUCAUUGGUGGCAAUCACGAGUGUUCCUCCUACCUCCGAGAACUCCAGUACGGCGGAUGGGUUGCACCAAAUAUCUACUACUUGGGAGAAUUUGGAAGUGUCUGGUAUAAAGGGAUCCGUAUAUCCGGGAUACUGGGCAUCUGGAACGGCCUGACCUUCUACAGAAAGCGGACGGAAAAUUACCUGCUUCCUUAUAAUCCAGGAUCGCUUCGACUGGCGUAUCACGUCAAGCCCAAGAACCUCCUUAAAUUGCUUUUGAGCGGCAAAAGCGACAUUGUCCUUAGUCAUGAUUGGCCAAAGGGGAUCUGGCAAUAUGGCGAUGAAAGGGGGCUCCUCAGGAAGAAGAAGUUCUUCAAAGAGGACAUGCAGUCAGGCAAAUUGGGCUCUCCAGCUGCUAGAGCGGCUUUGGAGAAGCUUGUCCCACCUCAUUGGUUCUCGCUGCAUCUACACGUGAAAUUCACGGCUCAGUUCGAGAAGGAAGUCAAGGAAAGUGAAGAACGCAGUAACGAUAGUGAAAUCAGCCUCGACAUGGAUGGUGAUAGCAACGAGAUAGAGCUAGAUAUGGAUGACACGGCGCCCAAGAAGCUCCGCAAGGUGACCCGGAAAACGUCGUUUUUGGCGCUAGACAAGUGUCUUCCUCGAAGGGCGUUCCUAGACUACGUGGAUGUGGAGCCAAGACUGCACCCAUCGACAGACUCCAAGCUGCUCUUUUACGAUCCGCAAGCUUUGGCAGCGCAGCGAACUAUUGAGUCGUUUAUUAAAGAUAACCUCGAUCAGUGGCUGGAUUUAGAUCCACAAAUCAUACUCGAUUCAGGCCACAGUGGAGUGAAGUUCGUGGAGGAGCUUGAAGAGAAGGUCCUUGAGGCUGCAAAUGAGUACACAGGUCGGGAUCUUGAGGUGCCUUUGAAUUUUGAACGCGUGGCCCCCAGUAUGCUUGAGGACGAAAGACCACCUCUUCAGUACUGGCCUAAUCCACAGACAGAAGAGAUGUGCAAGAAGUUUGAUCUUCCCUUGCCCAGUCACACAUAG